AUGGAAGGCCACCCAUGCGUUGCUGAAAUCCUGAUGGCACGUCGCAUCAGUAGCUGCAGAGCCUUCAGGAUAUCCGUCAUACCCACCGCUAGGUCUGCCAUAUCUCGGCCCAUCGACUCGUUUUGCAGAGUUAGGGCUUCAAUCGCCGCAUCCCUCCUAUCAUCAGUUGGAUCGUUCUGUUUUGGCCGCACAACACGACGACGAUCGGACUUGAAGUCAUCGUUCCAAGUUGAAAUCCUCAAAUUUUCAGGGGCCUUUGUAGACACACGAGGGUCGAUCGAAUAUAAGGGUCCGCCUCGUUUUGAUGACGAGGGGUCGACUGAAUAUACGGGUCUACCUAUUGUUGAUAUCGAGGAGUCGACAGGUUAUGAGGGUCCACCCGUUUUUGAUGAGGAGCCAUCUGUGGCGUCGAUGGAGGACGAGUGCCAUGUGGUUGUAGAAUCAUAUGUGAGGCCACGGGUUGUGCCUGGAAUGGAUGUUUUCAGUGAAUUGGAAGAUGGAUUUUCAUGGUCUUUUAUUCAACAAGCAUAUGUGUCUGAUAACUCGCAUAUUGUGCUUGAAAAGGAUAAAGUGGAGAGUUGGUGUCAUAGAUUUUUUCUUGUGAGUAUACCAUGUUCAUGGCCCGUCAAAUUGGUCAGAGGAUGGCCUGGGCCUCGGCAUCUACAAGCUAUACUGGUGGGCCAGCUAGGGCAGGCGCCUAUCCGGAAGAAACAGAAGAGCGGGAAAACAGUCACGCUGUUGUCCGUGGGAACCGGAGGUAUCCAGAACAAUCGGAGGCCGUUGGACCACGAGGACCCGAGGGAGUACGCCAACCGCUGCAACGUGCAGUGGCAUAGGGUUGCGGCGUACCCACAGAGGCUGGGCGACCUCGCCGUGAAAAGUUCCAUCCCUUGCUCGAUUAUGUAUGUGGAGGGGAAUCUGGAGUCGAAGAUCUUCAACGACCUCAUCACGAGUCUCAUCCGGCGGAUACGAGAGGUGUCUGUGCGGAAGAACGAGCGGGUCGUAUUCUUGGGAAGUGGAGGUGAUUCGAAGCAGACUUCAAGGGCUGUGGUUUCCGACGUUGGCUAUUAUUGA